CUCCUCUCUCCUCCGCUCCGCUCCUCUCUUCUCCUCCUCCUCCUCUCUCUCUCUCAUCCCAAAAGGGCAAAGAAAAGAAACACACCGCCCUCCUCCCUCCUCUACUCACACUCCCCCACCUUCUACUACCACACCCCCCACCGGAAAACCCAAACCAGGCGGAGGGAGCGGAGCCCUCGCCGCCGCCGCCGCCGGAUCUACGGCGCUGGGGCACGGGGGUCCCCGGAUCGACGCCUCCGCCGCGCCGCACGCGAGCGGUUCGGAUGGCUGCACGGAAGGAGAACUCUGUGCCUAUUGCUUGUCAAGCACCCAAUGGACGAAUCACGCGAGCUCAAGCUGCUGCUAAUCGUAGAAGCUUUCCAUCUUUUCCUUCCAUUCCACUUCAUGCGAAAGCUGAACAGAAACGAGCUGCACAAGGGAAGACAAAAAGGGGGUGUUCAUAUGAGACCACUAGUUCAAGUGCGGCAAUUUCAGCCCCCCAGCCUAAAAGGCGCACAGUACUCAGGGAUGUAACCAAUGUGAGCCGUGCUAACUCCAACAAAAACACUGCUGCAACUAAGCUUCAGACAAGGCCCUCCCAAAGGGUUGGAAGAACGACGAGCAAAAACAAGCAGUGUGCAAAAAAGGUUCCUAAGAUACCCCCACCAGCUGUUAAUAGAAGUUCAGUUGCUAAUGAUUCAAAAAUUGCUGAAGAAACACAAGAGGGCACAUUUUUGCCGCAGAGAGAGGAGCCCGCUCUUUUACUUGAGAACAUGGGGCCACUAUCAUUACAGAAUGUUGAAAGAAACAGGGACAGUGCUUGUCAUGAGGCAUUCUUUGAGGAAAGAAAUGCCAGGGAUAGGCCUGAAGCUUCGGUGUCAAAAACUGGGGACUCUCCUGCCUUAGACAUUGUAGACAUUGACAAAGACAAUGGCAAUCCUCAGAUGUGUGCUUCCUAUGUUGUAGAGAUAUACUCAAACCUAAUGGCUUCAGAGCUUAUGAGAAGACCCAGUCCAAAUUACCUGGAGGGUUUGCAACGGGACAUCACAAAGGGCAUGAGGGGAAUACUCAUUGAUUGGCUUGUGGAGGUUUCUGAAGAAUACAAGCUUGUGCCGGACACGCUGUACCUCACUGUAUAUCUCAUUGACCGCUUCCUUUCUCGGAACUACAUUGAAAGACAGAGAUUACAACUUCUGGGAAUAACAAGCAUGCUUGUUGCCUCGAAAUAUGAAGAGAUAUGUGCACCGCGGGUUGAAGAGUUCUGUUUCAUAACCGACAAUACAUAUACAAAGGCAGAGGUAUUAAAAAUGGAGGGCCAAGUGGUGAAUGACCUGGGAUUUCAUCUUUCUGUUCCAACAACAAAAACAUUUCUCAGGAGAUUCCUUAGAGCGGCACAAGCAUCUCGUAAAACUCCUUCUAUCAGUUUGGGAUUUCUGGCCAAUUAUCUUGCGGAGUUGACUUUGGUUGAUUAUGGAUUCUUGAAAUUUCUUCCUUCAGUUGUAGCAGCAUCGGCUGUUUUCCUUGCUAGAUGGACGCUUGACCAAUCUGACCUUCCAUGGAAUCGAACUCUUGAGCACUACACCUCUUACAAAAGCUCUGAUAUUCAAUUAUGUGUCUCUGCUCUAUGGGAACUGCAGCAUAACACCAGUAACUGCCCUCUUAAUGCCGUCCGUGAAAAGUAUAGACAUCAAAAGUUUGAGUGCGUAGCAAACCUGACUUCACCGGAGCUUCACCAGUCGCUCUUCAGCUGACACGCCAAUGACAUCAAUUACCUGUUGAUCAGCGACGUUAGCAGCAGUCGUAGCUGAGACUGCGUUAACAUUAUGUAGCAUUCCUUCCCCUUGUCUAAUUUGGUUCUGUUGUCUCGAGCUGUUGUUGUUUCCCGACCUUUUUCGAGUCAGUGUUGUAAAAGACAGAUGGCUCGUUGCUUUUGCUUGACAUGAGGUUUACCCGAUUGUAAACACCCUGUGUGUAGGCUUGGCUUGAGUUGAUAACCAUAAGCUGUCCAGCUUGUAUAACAAACAACAGAAUGCUGUUUGUUGUGACAUAAUUCCUUUAUUGUUAGCAUGGAAAUGGAAAUGGAAAUUAGUUUGUUGCU